AUGAAGAAGUUCAACAUCAGGAAGGUGUUGGACGGCUUGAAAGAGGCGUCCUCCUCCUCCUUAUCCUCCCCCACCCCUUCCUCUUCCAACCCGUUGGUUCAAGUGGGUCCGCAGGAGAACCAUCUGGUCCAGGAGCAUCUCCAGUCCGAGCAUUUCCAGCUCUGUAAGACGGUCCGUCAUGGCUUCCCGUACCAGCCGUCAUCCAUGGCGUUCGACCCCGUGCAGAAGAUCCUGGCCAUCGGCACUCAGAGCGGAGCGCUCAGAUUGUUCGGUCGUCCGGGUGUGGAAUGUUACUGCCAGCACGAGAGUGGGGCGGCCGUCAUCCAGCUACAGUUUCUCAUCAACGAGGGGGCGCUGGUGAGUGCUCUGGCAGAUGACACAGUACACCUUUGGAACCUGAGGCAGAAGAGACCUGCUAUCCUGCACUCGCUCAAGUUCAGCAGAGAGAGGAUAACCUUCUGCCACCUGCCUUUCCAGAGUAAGUGGCUGUACAUCGGCACAGAACGAGGAAACAUCCACAUCGUCAACGUGGAGUCCUUCAUGCUCUCAGGCUACGUCAUCAUGUGGAACAAAGCCAUUGAACUGUCCUCCAAGGCUCACCCUGGACCAGUCGUGCACAUCAGUGACAACCCCAUGGAUGAGGGGAAGCUGAUAAUUGGAUAUGAGUCGGGGAUCGUGGUCCUGUGGGAUCUCAAAUCAAAGAAGGCCGACUAUCGCUACACUUAUGAUGAGGCGAUCCACUCAGUUGCCUGGCAUCACGAGGGCAAGCAGUUCGUGUGCAGUCACUCAGACGGGACGCUGACCAUAUGGAACGUGAGAGGCCAGGGAAAACCCAUACAGACAAUCACCCCCCACGGAAAACAGCCCAAGGAUGGAAAGAAGCCAGAGCCUUGUAAACCCAUUCUAAAAGUGGAAUACAAAACCACCAGAAUGGGGGAGCCCUUCAUCAUCCUGUCCGGCGGUCUUUCCUAUGACACGGUGGGCCGGCGGCCGUGUCUGACGGUCAUGCACGGGAAGAGCACGGCCGUCCUGGAAAUGGACUACCCCAUCGUCGACUUCCUCACCCUCUGCGAGACGCCAUACCCCAACGAUUUUCAGGAACCUUACGCUGUGGUGGUCCUUCUGGAGAAGGAUUUAGUGGUGAUCGACCUUGCACAAAACGGUUACCCCAUCUUCGAGAACCCCUACCCAUUGACCAUUCACGAGUCCCCGGUGACUUGCUGCGAGUACUUCGCCGACUGCCCCGUGGACCUCAUACCAGCACUUUACUCAGUUGGCUCGAGACAGAAGCGUCAGGGCUACAGCAAAAAGGAGUGGCCUAUCAGUGGCGGCAACUGGGGUCAAGGCACACAAAGCUACCCGGAGAUCAUCAUCACAGGGCAUGCUGAUGGAACGGUGAAGUUUUGGGAUGCCUCUGCAAUAAUGCUCCAGGUGCUCUACAAACUGAAAACGGCCAAGGUGUUUGACAGGAGCCGCUCCAAAGAGGACAAAGGCGGCCCCGAGGCGUCUGACGAGGACCCCUUUGCCAUCCAGCUGAUGGCCUGGUGCGCCGAAAGCCGCAUGUUGUGCGUGGCCGGCGUGUCGGCCAACAUCAUCGUCUACCGCUUCAGCAAACUGGAGGUCACCACUGAGGUGGUGCAGCUAUUGGAGGUACGAAUGCAGUACGAACUGAACGAUAUCGAGUCUCCCGAGGGUGGAGGUGGGGAACACACGUCGUCGCACCACACACCGGGCGCUUCACCGCAGACCAGCGGGCCACCUUCACACCCCUCCACCAGCAGCAACAACUCGGACGGGAGCAACACACCCUGCCUCAAGGUGCGUAGCACUCCGUUGAAGCAGUCUGCGGGUUACCAGGUGGACUUGGUGGUCCAGUUGGUGUGGGUGAGUGGUGAACCUCCUCAGCAGAUCACCAGCCUGGCACUAAAUUCUUCCUACGGCCUGGUGGUGUUUGGCAACAGUAGUGGUGUUGCAGUGGUGGACUACAUCCAGAAAACAGUCGUGUUAAACCUGGGGACGUUAGAACUGUACGGGUCCAACGAUCCAUACCAGAGACAACCGCGAUCGCCCAGAAAGUCUCGGCAACCCUCUGGAGGACUGUGUGACAUCAACGAGGGUUCGGCAACGUCAGAAGACCGCUGCAAGUCUCCCACUUCAGUGCUGAUGUCAAACAGCAAUCUCCAGCAGUUCUACAAUGGAGGAGGUAGAGGAGCAAAGAUGUCACGGAAAUUAAGCUUGCCUACUGAGCUAAAGCCAGACUUGGUCCUCUUGUCUGUAUGCCCGCCACGGGGUGCCAACCCACUAGACCACCGGGACAAUUCCUUCAGCCGCUCGCGUUCCUCCAGUGUCACCAGCAUCGACAAGGAGGCCAAAGAAGCCGUUCUCUCCUUCCACUUCUGUGAGAGUUACGCUCGCAAGGGGGACGGUGCACCGUCACCAUGCCUCUUCGUGGGCACUUCGCUAGGCACCGUGCUGGCUUUGGCCCUUACACUGCCACCGGCUGGAGAGCAGAGGCAACUGCAGCCUGUUAAUAUUUCGCCAACAGGCAUGUUGAUCCGACUGAAAGGCAGCAUCUUGCGGUUAGCUUUCCUGGAUUCCGCCGGUUCCCUCUUGCCUCCCGCGUACGACCCUUGGUUCGAACCCAACGUCUCAGCGGACGGCGAAGAACGGGAGAAAGUCCGCAAGCGCCGCCCCGUGUCGGUUUCGCCGUCCAGCUCGCAGGACCUCAACGAGAGCCACUAUGCCGUGAUGUGCUCAGAGAAACAGGCCAAGGUCCUGUCACUGCCUAGCCAGACGUGCAUCUACAAGCACAGCAUCACAGAGGCCUCCUUUGUCUUACGUGCCGACGUGGUUCAGAUGAGCCAAGGUGUGUGUCUGGCCUGCUUCUGUGCUAAUGGCCAUAUCAUGACCCUCAGUCUACCUGGACUGAGACCCCUCAUGGAUGUAAACUACCUGCCUCUAACUGACAUGAGGAUAGCGAGGACCUUCUGCUUCACAAAUCUGGGGCAAGCCAUGUAUCUUUGCUCGCCCACAGAAGUACAGAGGAUUACAUACAGUCAGGACACUUGCGAAAACCUACAGGAAAUGCUCGGUGAAUUGUUUAUGCCUGUGGAGACACCCGAGGCCCCAAAUAGGGGCUUCUUCAAGGGUCUCUUUGGAGGAGGAGCACAGUCAUUAGACAGAGAAGAACUAUUUGGCGAGGAAGUCGCCGGACGAGCUUCCCGGAGUCUGGCUCAGCACAUCCCGGGUCCGGGGGGAAUCGAGGGCAUGAAGGGGGCGGCGUCCGGAGUUGUGGGCGACCUGGCCCGAGCACGAAUAGCGUUGGACGAGCGAGGACAGAAACUCGGCGAGCUGGAGGAGAGGACGGCGGCCAUGAUGGCUAGUGCCGACUCCUUCUCCAAGCAUGCACAUGAGAUGAUGCUGAAGUGCAAAGACAAAAAAUGGUACCAGUUCUGA